AUGGACAAAACAAGCUUUUAGACCCUAAGUUGCCACAAACAUCAUAAAAAACAUCUUUAAUUCGUUUAAGUGAAUGAUAUUCUAAACUAACAAAGUUAAAACAAACAGCUUUUCUACUGUUCUUCAUGUUUCAACCAUGAUCUUGAAUUUAAAUCAAUUAAUUUUCUCAUGAUUGAUUAGAUUCUCUAAGAAGCAGAAACCAACAUCAUCCCAAAAUGGCCUCCAGUCAACAAUUACAAGAUUAUUUAAGACCUAAUAGAUCUCACUUCUAAAGAAUCUGAGUUGAAUUACGAAAAAUAAAUUAUUGAUUUCUUUAAUGAGUUCAAAGAAUAGCUUUUAGCAAAAAUAGACAUUAUUUAAAAAAAAAUGGUCAACGAAACUCAUAAGUACCCAAUAGAUAAUCAUCAAAUUAUCAAAAAAUAUUAAGAAAUUUCAAAUAUCCUUUAAUUUAAGCAACUUCUUAUGAAUGAAUAGGGAAGUAAUAUCGAAGAGCAUUCAACUCUUUGUAGCUUCAAUUUAGAGUAUCCAACUGUAAUUAAAUAGUAAUUAUUCACUCUCGUUGAUUAAAUUUCCUUCUUUAAUUAAGAAAUAUCUUAAAUUAAUCUAAAUCAAAGUAAUUAAGACGCUUAAUAAUCUAACAUUAACUCCCAAAAUAGUAAUAAAAUAACAGCUGACUUGAUUAUGAAGUUGAUUUCAAAUAAAUCAAACUUUUGUUCUGAUUAAUUUAUAAAUGAAUUGAAUUUGAGUUUAUAAAAACUAAAUCCUAUUCUUUAAUAAUUGAAAUUUAAUAAUAUUUACAAAGAAAAUAAAGAACCAAUAGAAUUUUCAAAAAUUAGUGAAGAAAAACUAAAUUUGGUUGAAGAGUAUGUUAAACAUUCGAUAUAAUUAACAUCUGAUUAAUAAUAUGAAAACUCAACAAAGAAUAUGUUGGAAUUAAAUAAUAGUUGGGCUUGUUGUAUUUCAAGUUUAGAUUUACAAAAGGAUUUAAAAUAUGUUUUUAGGAUAUAACUUGAAAAAAUUAAUGAAACAGACGUAUUUAUUGUUGGUCUAAUGAGAAAUUCUAUCUCUAAAGACUCAGGUGGGUGGGAAGAUUACUUGAGUUGUGAACUUUAGAACUAAAGUGAAUAUUUAAAAAUAAGUACUAAUUAUGGAAUAAAUAAUUUAUUAAAAGGAGUAAGUGAAUUUUAGGCAAAAAAAGAUGGUGUGCUAGAAAUACGAGUGUGUUUAAAAGAAAAAUUAUUAGAAGUAACUGAUUAUCCUAAUUAUCAGUAUAAACUAGGAUUGGAAGAUCAGUAUAAAUCUAAACUUGAAUAAUAUAAAGAUUUAAGAUUUUAUUUAGCUUUUGAUACUUCUGAUAUCUAAAUAUGCUUAAAAGAUGCUGAAAUUGUUAAUGAAUUCAAAGAUUGA